AUGCAAACGAAGUGCUUGAUAUCAACCCAACUUACAUCUCGUCCUACAACUUUAAAUCCGAAUCCGACUUCAAUCUUACGUCCCUCAACCACUUCUCUUGUCUUACCAUUUACACAAUCAAGAUACGCAACUACACUAUCGGAUCUUAAACCAGCUAAAGGAUCAACACAUUCUAGAAAACGGGUAGGAAGAGGUCAAGGUUCAGGGUAUGGUGGAACUGCUGGAAGAGGUCAUAAAGGUCAAAAUGCUAAUAAAGGAAAUAGUCCAAGAUUGGCAUUCGAAGGAGGUCAAACACCUAUCACUAGAUUAUUCCCAAAGAGAGGUGCUCAUCAUCCAACCAAGGUUGAAAUGUCCCCUUUAAAUUUAGAUCAACUACAACUUUGGAUCGAUCAAGCAAGAAUAGACCCAUCAAAACCAAUUACUAUGAAAGAAUUACUUGAUUCAAGAGCUAUACAUGGUAUAAAAGACGGUGUCAAACUACUUGGAAAGGGUACGAGUCAUUUCAACACACCAAAACUAACAAUCAUAGUAUCAAGAGCAUCGAAAUCAGCCAUAGAAACGAUUGAAAACUUAGGAGGCACCGUAAUUUGUAAAUUCUAUAACCGAUUAACCUUAAGAGCUUUACUUAAACCACAUAGGUUUGCAGCCAAAGAAAGGUUUUUACCAUCAGAUUUACAUCCGAGUAGGAAACGAGAUUGGAUGAGAUAUUCAGAUUGGAAUCAUAGAAGAGGGUAUCUUGGAAAUCUUGAAUUAAGUAAUGAAGUUAUGAAGACUGUUAAAGAAGAGAGAAGAAAGAUGGGUUGGGUUGAUAGGGUUGAAAUUACUAAUGAAGUUAGAAAUAGAGUUGAAAAUAGUCAAAGUUGAAAGGAAGUUCAAAGUGAUUAAAAUUAACUUGCAAUGUAUUCAAGUUUUUAAUUGAGGAAAGUUUAU